GAAGAUUUUGUCAGAUACUAGAUGCUGGCUCCUAGCGCUCGUGCGGGUUAAUAGCCCAAGGAGGAAGAUCGUGAUCUGGUUGCCUAAAGUAACUGGAAGAUCAUCUGCCGGGGUUCCUUCGCAGGUGCUGCACUAUGAACACAAUCGGCUUAGCCCUGCCCUUCUUUCACAUCUCGUCUUUCUACUGGCACAUCUAACCCAUCCUGCCGAUUACCUCAACUCUUGUCGAGAGCAAUAGCAUGGCAGAACCCACCGUCACUGUCGAUUCGAUGCCAAAAACUCGUGAUUAUCAGCAAGAAAUGCUGAGCGCCAGUCUCAAAGAAAAUAUCAUCAUCGCUCAGGAUACCGGUUCUGGCAAGACUUUGAUUGCGAUUCUAAGGAUGAGAUAUGAAAUAGAACGCGGCUCUCAAAAGGUGUCAUGGUUUUUGGCGCCUACUGUGGCUCUAUGCGAGCAGCAGCACCGCGUGAUCAAGGAUAGCAUGCAGGUCCCUGUUGGCCUAAUUCACGGGGCGCUUGAGCCAAAGCAAUGGACCGACAUUUCCUUGUGGAAACGAGUACUGGAAAAUAAUCGUGUUAUAGUAUCUACUCCGCAGGUCCUCCUUGACGCACUUAGCCACGGCUACGUUCAUAUGGGGCUGGACAUCGGGCUCUUAGUCUUCGAUGAGGCUCAUCAUGCGGAUCGAAAUCACCCUAUGAGUUGCAUCAUGCGAGGUUUCUACUUUACCCUCCCUUCGCGCCUCCCUGCAGUCAGUGAGUCCAGCGAGCCGACUAGGGAGGAACGUCCCAUGAUCUUGGGCCUCACCGCUAGCCCUAUGUUUGGCGGAAAUGCUAAUGUAGCCUUCCGGACAUUAGAGGACAACCUUGACUGCGUUAUUCGUAGUCCUCGAACCAACCGGGGUGAGCUCUUGACUCAUGUCCACCGUCCGGUAUUCCGACACGUGCGCUACGAUACCCCGCAAUACCUGGAUCGCAACUAUACUUCUAAAAAUUUGUCGUCAGUCCGAGCCGUUUUGGCCACUAUGAACAUCGAGGAGGAUCCCUGCGUUAUACAGUUACGUCAGACUCUAGUGAAAACUUUACCAGGCCAGGAGUAUACACGACUGGACCAGAAACUAUCUAAAACGAUUCGGAACAAGAAGACGUACUCGCACAGUGGAAUGAACGAUCUCGCGAACGCGGCCGUUGCCAUAUGUUAUGACAUUGGUCCAUGGGCGGCGGACUGGUACAUCGAUGGCGUUGUAUCCCGAGCACUAGAUAAACAAAAUCCUCACGACGCUUUCACUGAAUCCUUGCAACCCAAGGAGAAGACUUACUUGAUGAAAUAUCUCUCUCAAAUUGAGCUGACGUCCCUGUCUUUCGAUCCUGUGGACAUCGAGGCCGGGAUCACGGACAAAGUCCGCGUCCUAUUGGAUACAUUGGAGUACGAAAAGGAAUGGUCAGAGUCAUCGAAUGAGCCCUAUAGUGGCUUGAUCUUUGUCAGGCGCCGUGAUGAAGUGUUGGCACUGGCCGAGGUUCUAAGGAACCAUCCCCGCAGUGCUCCUCAUUUCAGACUCGGGUGCCUCCUGGGAAGCUCUCAAUGCUCCUAUCGCAACACCUUUCUUGACAUUACUCGUACGUUCCUGAAGGACCAAUCAGACGUUCUCGAUGAUUUCCGGUCUGGAGACAAGAAUCUCAUCGUCGCCACGUCCGUGGCGGAAGAGGGGCUUGACAUCCAGGCGUGUGGAAAUGUGAUCAGGUGGGAUAUCCCUGAAAACAUGGCGAGCUGGACCCAGAGCAGAGGUCGUGCUCGCAGGAAGAGGAGCUCUUUUGUUCUCAUGUUUGAAUCGGCAGGUGUUGACGACGCUAGGGUGUUGGAGUUCGAGAAUUUGGAACGCCAAAUGACAGCCCUUUACCAGGCCGACCGUAUUUCCAGACCGGUAGCUUCCAGUGAUGAAGAAGAGCCCGAUGGAGAAGAGCCCGUUUUCAAGGUGAAGUCUACAGGAGCUACGCUCACCCCGCUACAAGCGGUCACUCAUCUUAAUCAUUUCUGCGCACAUUCAGGAUAUACUGCUCCCGUUUAUGACAUCGACCCCCCUGACAUGCCUGAAGGUUGGCACUCUUUCGACGCUCCGCAACGCGACGAUCCCCCUCCAUAUCCGGGACCAUUCGGGUGCAAGGUGACUUUGCCAAGAACGCUACUAGCGGAACUGCGGGUCUUCACAGUUGACCGCAUAUACCCCUCAAAGAAAUCCGCAUACCGGCAUGUCGCAUUCAAGGCUUACCUCGCUCUCUAUCAUGCCGAUCUCCUCGACGAUCAUCUCCUGCCGUCCACUGAGCUUGUUCUGGACGAAGAAGUCCAGAAUCUUCUCAAAGAUGUCGAGAAACGAUCCGGUAUGACCUCCGUUAGUAGCCAGAUGAAUCCUUGGCAGGAUGAAGAGGCAGACGCGCCGUGGAGAGCCACUCGCAUUAUCAUACAAGGUUUCGCUCCUGUCCGCAUGCUUACUCAAGUCGACCUUCCAUCUUUUGCUGCUGGGGAGGCACCCGUGCUCUACCAUCCUCAUAAAGGUCGUAUCAAUAUUGAAUUGCAGGCACAGGGUGUGGCCCCCCUUAGUGACCUUCAAGCUACUCAGGAAACUACACGAUGUCUGUUCUGGUGUUUGUACGGAAGGAGCAUGCAGUGGGACAGACUCGACUUUGCGUAUCUGUUUGAACCUGCCGAGGAAGACCCUGAGCGAGAGGUCUGGAAUGCACGUCGAAGGUGGCUGCGGGACUUGCUAGGGGAAGAGUCCCGCGGAGAUGAGCUCUUUGCAAACGCAGCCACUUUCGGAGAGGCGUUCUCGUACCCAUCCGACAUCACCUGGGUUCGCGAUGGGUUUCCCUACGGCAAGGUUUACCGCUUCCUUGGGUGGAGGCAUGAUCUUCUAUCCGAGGAAGAGCUGCAAGGUUUCUCUGCCAAAUAUUCGAAAAUAGCCGACUUGGAGGUCACCUACCCGUUGCUUCAUGUGGAGGAGUUGCCACGAAGAGCAAAUUUCCUGGUGCCUCUAGCAUCCACUAGUGAAUCAUCAUUGAGGAGGUCGUUUCUCCGGCCUCAGUCGUCCCGCAUUGUCCUUCUUUCUCGAGUGCAAUGCGACCACGCCACUUUGAUACCCUCCAUCAUUCGCCAUAUUUCCGUCGCCGCAACCGCUGUGUCUCUUCGAGAGACUUUAUUCACCGGGACCCCACUUUAUAAUAUUGCUUUCCCUCUUCUGAUCACGGCAGUCACCGCCCCUGUAGCCCAAGAUCACGUCCACUAUCAACGAUUAGAGACUCUCGGAGAUGGCGUCCUGAAGUUUGUGGUAUCGAUGCAUCUAUUUGCCACCCAACCCUCGUGGUAUGAAGGAAGACUCACAAGGCGUAAAGACCAUAUGGUCUCCAACUCCCGACUGGCAAAAGAAGCCAUUAGACUAUCCCUGUACAAGUGGAUCGCACGCGAUCGUUUUAACCCUCGGAAGUUCGUACCACAAUACUUGACUCAGGAAGAAGCGGAGAUUCCUGAGGACGUAGUCACUGGUGACUCAUCUCAAGAAACGCGCAAAGCAGCUGAGGACUUGUCCACAAAGAUGCUUGCGGACGUGGUAGAAGCCCUCAUUGGAGCCGCUUACCUUCAUGGCGGGUUUAAUCUUGGCAUUGAGUGUACCCGGCUCCUUGACCUCGGUGUCGGCCCCAAGCAAGGAUGGCAACCUCUCGAGGUUUACAUUGACAAAGCGCUUUCGCGCGUGGACACCCUUGAGUCCCCCACUCAAAUGACAGACGUCGAACUCAUGUUAGGAUACACAUUUACCCACAAAAUCCUCCUCCUCGAAGCCAUAACUCACGCAAGCUACCAAUUCGAUCUUCAGGUAUCAUAUGAACGCAUGGAGUUUUUGGGCGACUCUGUGCUUGAUAUGAUCGUCACGCACCAUCUCUAUCAUUACCCAGGAAAGGAAUUUAGCCCUGGCCAGAUGCAUAUCCGCAAAUCUGCUGUCGUUAACAAGCAUUUCCUCGCUUAUAUUUGUGUCCAGUGCUCGCUGGAGAAAGACGCGAGCUUACCUGGCCCCACCCACGGUGGUAUUGCUAUGGAUGAAGAAACGCAACGGAUAUCUCUAUACCAAUAUCUCCUCUACUCCGACCCAGCAAUUCUGGACCAGCAAAGGGGGACGCUCGCUCGUUACCGGAAAGUGAAAGAUGAAAUAGAUGAAGCCCUCCUUCACGGCACCACGUUCCCGUGGGCGGCCCUCACCCGCCUCCAAGCACCCAAAUUCUUCAGCGACAUGAUCGAGAGUAUCAUCGGCGCCGUUUAUCUCGACUCUCACGGAAAUUUGGAUGUCGUUCGUGAAAUUCUUCGCAAUCUGGGUAUAAUGCAACACCUGGAGCGCAUCCUGAAGGAUGAGGUCGAUGUUUUGCAUCCACUCAGCAGGCUGAACGUAUGGGCUUCACGCGAAUAUAAGAAGUUAACCUCCGCAUUUGAGGAAGAGAGGGGUCAUGUCACCUGCACUAUUGCUAUAGAAGGCAGAGAGCCCGUACAGGCUACCGCAGAGAAACGAGGACGGGCUAGCAAAGAGGAGGCCAGAUUCGCAGCAGCAGAGAAGGCGGUACAACUCUGGAACGUCCCAGCUACCGACGGAAUCAAAGAUGCAUGAGUUCGAGAUUUUAUAUCUUUUUAUGGUACAAAGCAGCGGAAUUGAAGAUUGCAUGAAUUCGAUAUCUUGUACAUCACGCGACAGGUCCCA